AAAUAAUAUUUGACAAUGGGAAUUAUAACUGUAGGCCUUGACGAGCAUAACAAGGCAAAUGGAAGGGGGAUUCCUUUCCUUCAACCGCCUGGCGGAGAUUCACAUAUGGCGGAGCUAACCAACCCUGAUAUCCAACCUAGUAAACUAUCCUAUAGGUGUAUCCAGCCUCCGGGCGGAGCUUCUACCGAUAUAUUCGGCUCUGACUCCGCCAGUGAUACUAGUUCCGAGACCGGAGAACCAGAACCAUAUAAGAAACCGUACAGGUUGGGAAGCAGUAUUGUACUAGGAGAUGAGCAACCAAUAGAUUUUAAACCUAGGAACAUCAGGAAAUCAUCUAUGCCAGUUACAAGUCCAAUAAUGGAAGGACUCGCUAUCUCCACGGAAGCACGUGGAGUUAAAUCCAAGAUGGUUGCCCCGGUUCCUCCAGUUGCAACUCCUGUUCCCACCAAACCAAACCGAAUUCCACCUGGUGGCCAUUGUUCCCAACUUUGGUGAACCGUCACCAUUCUCACCAACAUUGAGCCAGCGUUUAGAUUCUUUAACCAAAUGGUGUCAUCGCCACUAAAAUUUACAUUUCAUGCUCAAAAUGUGCUCUUAUUUCUUAUCACUAAAUAGUUAAUUUCGCCCUUAUUUGAAUGUGACUAUUAUGAUUAUAGAAUACCUUCUAAAUUUGCCGAAAAAUUUAACUUUGUUUGUUUAUUGAAUUAAAUUUUAUUGAAAUAAAGCGUAAUAUUAAUCUGA